AUGGGGGAGUCGACCGGCGGCGAACACGCUGCGACGUCGGAUGCGGAGGGAGCGGCAUCGGGCCGCGCCGUAGCCGCUGCUGUUGGGAUGAGCCAUGGGUGGAGGAAAUGGAGGGGACACGUGGCGCGCGAGGAGAGGCCGUUGGGGCAGCGCAGGCAGAUGGCUGAUUCGUGGCUGGAUGGUCCCUGCUCCGACUACGUAAAAGCGCCCGUCAUCAAUAUAUCUUCUCUCGCGGAUUUUAACAAGCGACUGGACUACGGUCCCGUUACAACUGUCAUCCUCGAGCUACAGAGAAACCUCGUUAUUAGCAAGGGGAUCCUCUUCGACAGCAAGUUCUCCUGCACGAUUCUGCGAUCCGCGAAGUCCGCCGCGAACCCGUUUCAAAUCACGCACAUGGGAGCGAACGAGCCGGUGCUGCGUAUAUGGAACACGAGCAACGUGCUUGUAUUGAAGGUCGAUUUUAGGCUCAGCGUUCGCUCCUCCUCCCCAACCUGCACGACUGUUCCCGAAAUUACGGGCAAGGCGCAGUGCCCGACGAUUUCCGUUAUCCGUUCGUACGGAAUUCAAAUUGCGAAGGGGAGUGUUUUCGGGAGAAUUGAUCUACACCGCUCGGCGUCGUCUCGCGUGGACUCCAUGCGUGUAACGGGGAUUCCGACCUUCAAUCAGUCGCCUGGCGUGAUUCAAGUGACCUACAGUGGCCACGGGCCUACACUCGCGAAAUCCUUCAUUGCUAUAACAAACAAUGAAGUGUAUGGCGUGAACACUCCUAUAGUGGUCCACCGUGGCAGCGUGGGCGUCAUCGUGAGAAACAACUACGUGCACGACUUCAUAUUCGCGGGUAUCCGCUGCGGAUCCGACGUGCAUUUCGCGGGCGACUGCAUGCUCACGCAGAUCGACCGCAACCUCGUUGUGGCAUCCGGGAGAAACAGAUCAGGAGACCAGGAUGCAGCGGGGAUUUACUACUGCGUCCACUGGUUCAGCCCUGGUGAGUCGUGA